CAAAAUGUCUUUUAAAAGGCAAUCAAGAAGGUCAAAUACAAGUCAAAAUUUAUUAGAAAAUAAAUUGGAUUCCCUUGCAAAAGCUACAGAAAAGGUCCCUCUCAAUGGUGACUUAUCACUAGAGCCAUAUCUCAAAGGCAGCACACGGAAUGAAUCCAAGCAAACUAAAGGUAACUACCAGGCUGAACAGGAAUAUAAUGGCUAUAACAACCCUAACUUUCUAAAAAUGGGAAACCAGUUUUAUAACACAGAGGGAAAAGCAAGAUUUAGAGUUAGAGAAGAGCUUAAUAAUAGCUCGCCCAAUAAAUAAACCUCACCAAGGACAGGGCCAGCCCUUGGUAGAUGAAGAGACGAUUGAGCUGAGAAGGAAGACUUAUCAAUUCUUCAAGCCGAGCCCUGAUAACUAUUCAUUAGACAAGAAUUUCUCUUCACAGUUUAAGACUCAACCAAGAAGAGUUGAAGAACAUGCCAGAGAAAAUGAUGGGAUUACAGAAUAUACAAAAGAAGAGAUGGCAGGGUUCAAGACGGUUUUCAAUACUUUUGAUAAGACCAAUAAAGGAGAGGUGUCUCUCACAGAUUUAGGCUCAAUAUUUCAGUCUUUCGGGAGAAACCCUGACGAACUUCCUAUUAUUCUUAGAGAGUUUGGAUUGAACAAUCUUCAUGGAAAGGGAAAAAUAAAAUUUAACCUCUUCGUUAAAAUUAUGCAAAGACUCGAGACUGAGAUUGACAAAACUCAUGACGAUAUUGAUCAAGAUUUAAGCAUCCAGAGUAAGACUUUUCAUCAGAGACCUCACAACGACCUCUCCAGUACUGACUAUGAGCAUGACAUCUAUGCUAGUCAUUACACAUCGGGAGAUUAUGGCCAAGAUGAGCCAAUCCAUCCAGAAUAUGAAGUUUUUGAACAAACUCAGAAGCAUUUUAAGAAUAAUGAUAUUGAGGAAAUAUACACUCCUGAACCUGAGCCUGAGUUACAGGAACAAGCACAUAAGGAUUUCGAAUCAGAGGAAAAACCUUUAGAGGGUAAUAUAAAAUUCUAUCAUGAAAUUCCUACUCAAAAUGUUAAACCUCGAUUAAGGUCAAAGUCAGUUGCAGAGGGGGUAUCUUGGAAGUCAAGUUACCAACCUCCUAGAUCCCCAACUGAAAAGGAGAGGAAGCUAUAUGGAACAAUGCUGCCUAAGACUGGGGUGUACUUCUUGCCUGACCUCAGAGUUAUUGAUCAAAUCAAAACUCUUACUAACUACAAAAAGCAGUACCUCAAGGAAGGAAAGCUUAUGGAGGCUAAAUAAGUCAAAGAAAAAGAUCUCUGAGCUUAGGAGCAAAGAAAUGAUCAAACAGCUAACCAACAUGUGAAUAUCUCAUGAGAAAGAGGUGAAAGAAGUAAAGAAGGCACAAAAAUAAGCAAUUUGAGCACUUCCAAGGUAACUUGCCUUUAUAAUUCUUAUAGAAUCUUGGGACUCUUUUAUGGAAGAUUACGAACAAUCAGCCCAAGAAUCUAUUGGAAAUGCCCAAAAAGAUCAGAAGAAGGAAGUCAAAGAGCUUGAAGAUAUCAUGAAUAAUAACCCAACGUUUAAAGUGACACUUUCUCAAGACCUAAUCCUUUUGAGGAAUAAGAUCAACAAACUAAUAUCCCUUGGCAAAUAUGAAGAAGCCAACCAUCUCAGAGAGAAAGCUGAAGAGCAAGAAAAGAUAGAAUACACUAAGGCUGCGAUAGAAUCAGAUCUUGAUGUUGACAAAAAUAAGGUAAAACUUAAUUUUACACAUCAAAAAACGAUCAGAGCCAUGCUCCUUCGGAUCGAAAGAGAUCGAAGAGAACAAGACAAACAUAGGAAGGAAGACACUCAGAGAUUAGUGCAGAGAAAUAAGAAUUUACUUAAGAGUAUAUCAACAAGGCAGGCUCAGGAGAAAUAGAAAGACAAAGCAAUUCCUUUCCUGGGCUCUUGGUGAUAUCUCUAAAUUCAAAAACCAUAAGUCUACAAUUGAAGAUUCUCAUAUUAGUAGAGUUGUGGCUCCAAGAGAUCGAGAAUCAAGAGCGAUCUCUCAGGCAAGAAUAUGAGGAAUAAGCACAAUUAAAUCAAAGUUUAAUACAUUAAUGAAGAACAGAAAUAGUUUACCUCUUGUAAGACAUAAUAGAGCUAGUAAAAGUGAAGCUAAAGUCCCUAUCAAAAGAAAACUUAAAAGUACUAUCAUCGGAAAUUUUAAGAGAAGUAUCAAGCAUAAAGCUGUUGGGAGACACCCUAGGAGGCAUUAUCAAAACCUAAGCAGUAAUAAUGCAUAUGGCAUGUUUGAAAGAACAGGCCCAUUUGAGGAAUACUCCUCAUUCCUAUAA